AGUAUGACACUUGGACCAGAAGAAAGCCCAGAGAAAAACGUGUCAUCAGAUAUUUUGAAUUAUUUUGGGAUAAAAAAUAUAUAUAUUUCAGAAUCCAUUCAUGUUACAUUAUCAAUUUACCGCAUUAGCAUUUAACAUUGAAUGUUUUAUACACCAUCAAUACCGGCGUAUUGACUCCAACAGCUUGUUCUUAAUGAUAAGGUAAUGGCGAGAACUCUUUUACUGGAUGUUUGUGUACCCCGAUAGACACAUGUGUGGACGUCUGUGUACCCCGAUAGACACGUGUGUGGACGUCUGUGUACCCCGAUAGACACGUGUGUGGACGUUUGUGUAUCUCGAUAGACACGAGGGUGGACGUUUGUGUACCCCGAUAGACACGUGUGUGGACGUCUGUGUACCCCGAUAGACACGUGUGUGGACGUCUGUGUACCCCGAUAGACACGAGGGUGGACGUUUGUGUACCCCGAUAGACACGUGUGUGGACGUCUGUGUACCCCGAUAGACACGUGUGUGGACGUUUGUGUAUCUCGAUAGACACGAGGGUGGACGUUUGUGUACCCCGAUAGACACGUGUGUGGACGUUUGUGUAUCUCGAUAGACACGAGGGUGGACGUUUGUGUACCCCGAUAGACACGUGUGUGGACGUCUGUGUACCCCGAUAGACACGUGUGUGGACGUAUGUGUACCCCGAUAGACACGAGGGUGGACGUCUGUGUACCCCGAUAGACACAUGUGUGGACGUCUGUGUACCCCGAUAGACACGUGUGUGGACGUCUGUGUACCCCGAUAGACACGUGUGUGGACGUUUGUGUAUCUCGAUAGACACGAGGGUGGACGUUUGUGUACCCCGAUAGACACGUGUGUGGACGUCUGUGUACCCCGAUAGACACGUGUAUUGACGUAUGUGUACCCCGAUAGACACGUGUGUGGAAGUCUGUGUACCCCGAUAGACACGUGUGUGGACGUCUGUGUACCCUGAUAGACAUGUGUGUGGACGUCUGUGUACUCCGAUAGACACGUGUGUGGACGUCUGUGUACCCCGAUAGACACGUGUAUGGACGUUUGGGGACGUUUGAACGCGUCGGUAAUUACAGUGAUAUUUUAUGUACAAGAUGACGUCGCUGUUAUACUUAAUGAGAGGUUGGUGAAACUCGCGCUUACACAAUGUUCGGGAUCCGUCAAAGGUCAGGACGCUUCAAACGGCGUGGGAUACUUUUGUGUCUGCUGCUUAUGAUAAUGAUGUCCAUCCUCCAGGUCCGAUAUUAUGCCAUGUCUGGAUCAUCAGGACGAAAUCACUGGGAAAAGUUCAGUUGGCAAGCACGUGAUAUAUAUAACGAAAGCCAGAGUAGCGGACUCGGGUUUCGUGUAAAUAAUGAUGGUAGAGUGAAGCAACACAUUGCCUUUCUGAAGGUACACAAAGCUGCAAGUUCAACAGCACAAAACAUCUUCCUCCGGUAUGCCAUGAAAAGAGAUUUAGUAGUGGUGAUUCCACAUGUCAACAAGAUUUUUUAUCCAAAUAUUAUCAGCACUGGGACCACUGUGACGUCAAAGAAUAUUCUUCCUCCUCCAACAAAUAGAUCCUAUGAAAUCCUCUGCUGCCAUGUCAUAUACGACAGAAUAGCAUUUGAGAGAAUAAUGCCGAGAGACACGGUCUAUAUUGGGAUCAUACGAGAACCUUUUGGGCAUUUUGUAUCCAUUCUUAACUAUUUCAGGCCUAAAGAAGUACUUGAUAUUAAUGAUACUUUGGCAGUUUCGAAAUAUUUACAAGAACCUACGCGCUACACAAAACUGAACUCUAAAAGUUACGUAAACAACAGAAUGGCCAGAGAAUUUGGAUUUCCGUCAGAUCUUUACAUAACUCAUAAUGAAACCGAAAUACAGUUUUAUAUAGAUAAAUUAGAAUCAGAAUUCCAGCUAGUUAUCAUUGUGGAACUAUUUGACGAAUGUAUGAUAUUAAUGCGUCGACUUUUGAAUUGGAGACUGUCUGAUGUGUUUUAUCUUAAGAAAAAUGUUAAAAAUGAAUUAUUCGAGAAAAUUAAGUUCACAGCCGGUGAUGUUGACCGUUAUAGGAAAUGGGCUGUACUUGACUAUGCUCUAUAUGAUCAUUUUUAUCAGAGGCUUCUAAACCAGAUUCGAAUGCAAGGUCCUACUUUUAAUGAGGAACUGCUUUAUUUUAAGCGAAUACGGCGUGAUAUGGACUUUUUCUGUAACCCAAUGCCAGGAGUGAAGAAGUCAGGUGUAUAUCACUUUCAUGCCUCGAGAUGGAAUCCGCCAUUCAUCAUCACAGAAGAAGACUGCAAAUACAUGAAUAUAGGAGAGACCGCAUUCAUUAAAGAGAUACGAUUCAAACAAUAUGGACUUUAGGAUGUUUCGGAGAAUCUUGUUAAGUCUAAUUUCUGUGGCUCGUUUCGGAGAACCUCUUUAUGUAGAGAAUGACUAAUUUAUCCUAUGCGUUUAUUUUUCAUUUGUUAUGAAGCUGGCAAAAUGCAGUUAAAUUGAGUGAACGUGAAUAAAUAGCAUUGUGAUUGACUCUAGUAGGAGACCUUCUCACAAUUCAACCUUUACGUAGAGUAUAAGUAAUGAAGUGUAUGUAUGCUUAUUCACUUGGCUCCUUUAUAUUUCCCUUUAAUUUUCCCGUUUAAUAAUGUGUGAAUUGAACUUCAUCGAUAUAUAAAUCAAUAGUAUCUAUGUUCACACUAUUAUCAAUUAACUUGAAAAAAACACAGUAGCAGGUGUAUUUGGCCACAUGUAACGAUUUUUUUUAUUCUUUGUUUCUGGAUGAAUAACACUUAUAUUUUAUCUUGUGGGAUGGAAACUUUUUUUCACGAGUGCUAAGGAAAUUAACAGGAUAAAGUUAUUCAUCAAGAUGUCAGUUUAAAUCAGCCGCUCUGUAUAUUUGCUUGACGUGUUAUAAUUACUCCGCUGAAUAAUAUAGUUCCUAAAAUGGUAUAGAAGUUUCGAAGAAAAUUAAUAUAAAGUAAAUAAAUACAACAAGUGUAGUGCUCCAGCAAUUUGAUGCAUAUAUUCUAGAAUCGAUAGAUUAUAAUGUGUCAAUGAAGAAUUAUUGGGAUAAGUUAUAUAAUAAUAUCACCGACAACAGCUGUCAAAUGUGGCGAAGUGACCUGGAUGUGAUUAGGAUAUAUUGUAGGCCGUUGAAGUCGAUUGCGGACGGACACGUAAGAUGAAUACCAACAAAUAAAUCUUGACUGCAAAGUUCUUGUUAUGCUUUCUAAUUUGAUACGGACAUCAAUCGUGACGCGAUACAUGUUCCUUUGAUGGAUGUGAGCUCUGAGGACUGGUUUGGUGUCUAUGUCCAAGUAAUUCUGCUGUCCCAUUACGUAUCAAAUUCUCAGAGAACAUUCCCAUGUUAGUAUGCUAUAGAGACUUGGUGUGUUUUAAUUGUAUUUCUGCACGAUUUUUGAGCUGCUUGGACAAGGAAAGAUUAUCGUUGGGGUUGAUCAUGAUUUGUUGAUGAUACAAUAUGGCCGUUCUUGAAAGAAUGCUUAAUGAAGGGAGAUAAAUCUUUUUAUGCUUUCACACAAAAAAAAAUCGUUUCGUUAAGGGCGAUAUUUUUACUCUAAAUACUGUGCACUGAAAGGUAAAAAAGGAGUGAACAUAUCGAAAUCGUUAUUUUCACCACCAAACACUAUAUUUCACUGCGAAAACUAUUAUCAAUAGCAUGUGUAGUUUAUUAUGUUCAAAUCACCCUUCGUCCGUCCGUGAAGUCCUUAAUGGGUCUUUUGUUUGGUGUUCUAGAUAUUAAUUUAUUUUUCAGUAGUUCUUAUGCUGAACACAAUGAAGUUGAACCAAAUUAGAGUAUAUGUAUUACUCAGAUCGAUAUUUUACUCAGGCUAUGUAUGGAUGAUAAUAUGACAUCCCCUUACAUCAGUGGAUAUAUAUAUAUAUAUUAUUUUUUUUUCGUGGUAGAAAAUCCAAAAUACAAAGGAACCAAUCCGUCAAACAUUCAAUGUACUGUAUGUCUAUGGCUUUGCAAUAGAAACAAACUUAACUAUCACAGUUUAAUCAACUGUAAUAUAUCAUUGAAGUAAUAAAAUAGAAAAACAAAUAAAUCAC